UUCAUAUCAAUGAAAGGUAAAUCAGCAUUAAUUGAUAAAGGAAAAUCUGUAUUAAAUGAUGUUUCAGAUUCCAACCAACUCAAUAUGAUGGAUCCAUCCGGAGCGUCUGGAUCGGAAAUGCCUUCAGUUAUUCUUCAGGGGAUUCCGGUUCCUCCGGAUAUAGAUCUAUCCUCAGUAUACUCAUCUCCUUUUUUCUUUAGCACAUCGGUUUGGAUCCCUGGUGAUAUUGAUGACCCGCUUACUAUCUCCAGGCUAACUAAUUUAAAAAAAUUCUUGGUCAUUAUGCGGCAUGAUUUUUUUAAAGGGGUCAUACAACCGGACUAUAUCCAAUCCCUCCAACGGGAAUUGGACAAAACUUGUCCGGGUUUACUCUCGUCUAAGCUAAGCCACAUGCUUACUCGAGAAUACGACUAUUGGUAUAACUUUUAUUAGAAUAAUAUAGGAGGAAGUAGGUCCAACCAUGAUUGGUAUGUUAAUAAAUUCGGUAGUUUGGUCCCUUCCCCCCUCGAGCCCCUAUUGAAUGACCAUUUUUCUUUUUAUAUUAUGAUAAUAAUCCUUAUUAUGAUAGCUAUUCUAUGUAUAUGUAUAUUCUGGCGCAGAAAGAAAAAGAAUAGAAAGAAUUUGAAGUGUGAGGAGAGCAAGCCUUCAUGUACGGGCGUUCCCCGACAGGGGCCUGCCAGCUCAGGAAGCCAAACGCCCGAUACCGGUAGAAGGGUCCCUAGCCCCCUUUCUCUUUCUUUAUUACAACCUUUUUUUUUGAUGUCAAAGACCAGGAACUACGCGCAAAUUCUCAUUGGAUCUUGGUUGUUCUUAACAGCGAUGGCUAUUCAUUUAAGUCUUUGGGUAGCACCACUAGAUUUUCAACAAGGUGGAAAUUCUCGUAUUCUCUAUGUACAUGUUCCUGUGGCUCGGAUGAGUAUUCUUGUUUAUAUCGUUACGGCUAUAAACACUUUCUUGUUCCUAUUAACAAAACAUCCUCUUUUUCUUCGCUCUUCCGGAACCGGUACAGAAAUGGGUGCUUUUUCCACGUUGUUUACCUUAGUUACUGGGGGGUUUCGGGGAAGACCCAUGUGGGGCACCUUUUGGGUGUGGGAUGCGCGUUUAACUUCUGUAUUCAUCUCGUUCCUUAUUUACUUGGGUGCGCUGUGUUUUCAAAAGCUUCCUGUAGAAUUGGCUCCUAUUUCAAUCCGUGCCGGACCGAUCGAUAUACCAAUAAUCAAGUCUCCGGUCAACUGGUGGAAUACAUCGCAUCAACCUGGGAGCAUUAGCCAAUCUGGUACAUCAAUACAUGUUCCUAUGCUCAUUCCAAUCUUGUCUAACUUUGCUAACUUCCUCUUCUCAACCCGUAUCUUCUUUGUUAUGGAAACACGUCUUCCUAUUCCAUCUUUUCUCGAAUCUCCUUUAACGGAAGAAAUAGAAGCUCGAGAAGGAAUACUAAAACCUAGUUCACUCGCUGAGUCUCUUUGCAUCCAUGGCUGAAUGAUUAAAGCACUCUAAGGGGAAAGCUGAGGGGAUCCAGCUUUAAGAGUAACAGGCCAAUAAAAGAAGGUUUGUGACUUUUUCGCUAGGGUGAAGGAAGUGAAAAACCUCUUUCACUCUAGCGGGAAGAAGACAGGUGGGAACGAGCGGAGCGAGAGCAAAGCAAGUUCCAGCGGUGGGUUGUCUUCAUGGUGCCAUUUCAA